AUGGCGACCACAACCAGCCCUCACUCCGGUGAGAAUGAAGAUGAUCCCGCCUUGAACGAUGCCUACCUGCAUGACGAUGUCGACCCCCUGCAAUCCGGCUCGACCCAUGACGCCUCCCCCGCAGACUCUAAACUCACGCCCCAGUCCUUACCGAUGCAGAAGCGCCGACGAGUCGGCCGCGCCUGCGAUGAAUGCCGUAGGAAAAAGAUCAAAUGUGACGGGAAACAGCCCUGUACCCAUUGUACCGUCUACAGCUAUGAGUGUACGUACGACCAACCUUCGAAUCGCCGUCGCAACCCGGCACCCCAGUAUGUGGAAGCUCUCGAAGCCCGCAUGCACAAGGCCGAGGCCAUCCUCCGAACCGUCCUGCCGGAUAUUAACCUCGACGACCCGAAUUUGGAUGUGCAUGCCACGGAGCAGCGAAUCGCGUCCGCCCAGAAGGAAAGACAGGCCACCGGAGGGCUCCAGAAACCUCCCACAGGCUCCGCGGAGACUGGCGGCGAAGGUGGAGAUGAGUCCCUGUUAGAGACCAUGGUCGACAACUCGGGCUGUUUGGACCGGGAUGACCAAGGUUACUGGGAUUAUCAUGGACAUACCUCAGGAAUCAUCUUCAUGCGCCGCUUACGCAAACAGCUCGGCGCUGUUGAACCACCUCUCGCGCGUCCCCGCUCAAUGACUCAGAUGCUAGAAAGCCCCAAAUCCGCAUCGGAAUCGCCCCAGGAUGCCUCCCUGCCCCCAACACACGAUCUGCCGCCACGGGCGGUCGCACGCCGCUUAUGCCACAAUGCGAUCGACGACGCCUGCUCAUUGAUGCGCUUCGUGCACGAGCCAUCCUUUUUUGCUAGCCUCGAGCGCAUCUAUGAUACACCCCUGGAUCAAUUCUCAAACGAGGAGAAUUCAUUCUUACCCCUUCUUUAUAUUGUGAUAGCCGUCGGAUGUCUAUUUUCAGACGAUGGAGCCGGGACACUCGACUUGACCGGCUACGAGGGUGCUAUCGGACAAGGGUUCCAAUUUUUCAAGGCUGGCCGACAGCUUCUUGAAAUCACCGAUUGUCGAGACCUACCUUCCCUACAAGCGAUAUGUUUCAUGGUCCUGUUCCUCCAAUCCUCUGCGAAACUGAGUACUUGCUACUCGUACGUUGGUAUCGCACUCCGCUCCGCAUUGCGGCUGGGUCUUCAUCGCACCGUCACGGCAGACUUCAACCCGAUCGAACGAGAAUUGCGCAAACGUAUCUUCUGGGUUAUUCGCAAAAUGGACGUCUAUGUCAGCACACUUCUGGGCCUGCCCCAGAUGCUAAGUGAUGAUGAUAUCGACCAAGAAUAUCCAAUGGAAGUGGACGGUGACUUUAUUAGUGUCAAGGGCAUCACCCAGAUGCCUUCUGAUUAUACCCCGCUGAUGGCAGGAUGCAAUGCGCAUACGCGCCUCUGCAAUGUCAUUUUGAAGGUGGUCAAAUACAUUUAUCCCGUGAAGAAUGCUCGAUAUCGCUCGAAGUCGAACCAACGAUAUAUGGUCAGCCACUCCAAGAUUCGGGAAAUCGAACGCGAUUUGCAAAAGUGGAUGGAAGAACUUCCCUUAGCGUUGCGCCCAGGGACAGAAGUGUCACCGCAACUAGAACGGAUUCGCCAAUUGCUCCGUAUCAGCUACGCUCACGUCCAGAUGGUCAUGUACCGCCCCUUUUUACAUUACGUCUCGAGUGGCUCUCAAGCGCGCGGCGUUGAUAAGCGAUCCUAUGCCUGCGCUGCGGCAUGCGUCAGCGUGUCUAGGAAUAUCGUUCAUAUUACCACGGGAAUGCACAAGAGAGGUCUUCUCAAUGGCUCCUUCUGGUUCACCAUGUAUACGACUUAUUUUGCUAUUCUCUCCUUGAUUUUCUUUGUUGUCGAGAACCCAGAUUCUCCAACAGCCAAGGAUGGAGUCCUGAAAGAUGCCAUGGAAGGCAAAACGACGUUGGCCGGUUUGGCUAAGAAGAGCAUGGCGGCCGAUCGGUGCUCCCAGAGUUUGAACUGUUUAUUUAAGACUCUGCCAGAGAUGUUGAAAAAUCGCCAGGGUGCAAAGGCCCCAGUCAAUCUCAAGCGGCCUGCACCGUCCAGUCUUUCUGCGGAGCCUGAGCAAAUACAGAACCUACCUCAGCAAACUUUGCCUCAUCGCUCAAGCACAUUCCCAGCGCACAUGAUGGCUCAAUCAUCUGUGACAGACCCUUCAAAUCGCCGACAAAGGAGCCUGGACAACACUCAAAUUGGAAAUAACCAAGUUGGUAACAACAGAACAACCGAUAAUGGCACCCAGUCGGCCUGGAUGGCGUCGACCCCCGAGCUGCUUACGGAGACCAUGUCUACCCCAGAGCCACCCUCGGUUAACUCAUUGAACCCUUCGUUUUCCAACCAAGAUUCCUCUAGCCUGGCAUGGGCUCAACAGUUCAAUAACCCUGACAACCUUCCCGAUCUUAUGCCUAUGAUGUUCCCGUCCGACGACCCAUUUGCGUAUCCUACACAGCCCAUGUCCACACUGGAAGACGAUCACUUCAAGCACGACCGUGGUGGAAUCUCGUCAUCACAGUUCCCAUUCGACUCGAAAUCACACCAAGUCGGAAUGGGUUCAAGCACACCAAGCGACCCAUCAGUGGCAGGUGUGUCAACACCCAGUUUCGACUCUUACAACCUCCCAAGCUUCCCCGCGGGAGCCCCCACCAGCAUCAAGUCAUCAGUGCCAAGCCGACUCCAGCAGGCCACGAGCCAAGCUAUGAACGGCCCCCGCCUCCAGUCGCCCAUCUCCCAAGCCCAGACUCCCAGUGAAGCGCUCAGCAGCCCAGAUCUAGUAUCCAUCCCGAACCAAAACUUUGUAUGGCAGGGUUACAACUUCCAACCGACGAACAUGGCCACUGCAGACACCACUGUGCAACAAGAUCCCUCGGUCUCGAGUGGCCUCCCCGAUUUCAACAUGGCCCUCGACGAGAACAACAUGGGUAUGAACAUGGACCUCGGCAUCUCUUUCGACGAUCUCUUUGGGAACAACGCCACCUUCCGCGCGGGCAAUGGAGCCAACGACGACUGGACGCAGUGGAUGAAUACCGGAGCCUAA